AAAAACAAAAACUCACCGACCGACCGUCAGGACAAAACACUGAAUUCCGCUCAAAGUCAUAUUCCUUAAAUCCAUUUUUACAUAUAUAUCAUCACAUUACUAUCUAGCUGUUCCAGAUUUCGCGCCACAUAUUUGUGCUCAUAGAUUUUGCCGAUUAAGGUUUUUUGAUGAGAUUGAUCUGUGUAUGUUCAAGGAAUUGAAUACAAGGUAGCAGAAGUUGCCAGCCGCUCCUAGGUCUGUCGACUAGGGAGUUGGGAGUACUCGGGUGUAUACGGGGAAUACUGGGGGGUCAAAGUGACCAAGGCGGGGAGUACUCGAAGUAAUUGGUCAACUCGGGUCGACUCGGCGCUCUACCUUGUAGUGAGUAGUUGGGGAAUACUCAGCUCGAAUCAAAUAGUUUUGCAACAGUGGUUGAAUAUAUAAGUCAUAGAUUAGGAAAUGGCUUGGUUUAGUAGCAAGGUUUCGUUAGGGAACUUUCCGGAUUUAGCUGGAGCAGUUAACAAGUUCAGUGAGAGUGUUAAGAAUAUAGAAAAGAAUUUCGACAGCGCUCUUGGACUUGAAGACAAGGCUGGUGGUACUACUACUUCCACUACAGAAGCUUCAGGGUCAUGGUCUUCUGACUUGAUGUCCUUCAUGGGACAGAAAGCUGAAGAUGGAAUUGUUGAGUCCAAGGAAAAACAUGAACCUUCAAGUCCUGAACCUUCAUCUCUUUCAAAGGAAAAAGAAGGGGUACAGUAUGAUUCAUCACCGGAAUCUGUAGUUGAACACCGGGAAUCUGUUAAAGAAGAAAAUGUAGAGACUUUGAAGCCUGAAGAGCAUAAGGAACACCAUGUAGAAACAAAUAUUGAGGCCCUGGAACAGGGUAACGACUCUACUGAAAUACCCGCAGGAACAAUGAAUGUUGAGCUUGAGAAUUCAGAUGUUGCUGGUAAACCCUUGGAAACAAAUGUUGCAAUUACAGAAGAUGCAGAGAAUGUUGCUGGAAAAUAUGCAGUAACAGAUAUUGUAAUAUCUGAACAGAAAAUUACUCCCGUUGCUAACAAUAGUGAAGCUGUAGCUGAAGCUGAAAUUGAUUCACAAGACCAAUUAAGUUUGGGUCAUAAUGACCAAUCAGAGUUUCUGGAUCUUAACUCAGAAGGUGGCUCACUAAAGAAAUCUGAAUCAAUACAAGACGAGCCUACAGAUUUCCCCGACCAAGUUAUAGGCACUUUUGAGCUGAAUGAAGUGCACCAUGUUCCUGAUUUGCAGAAGGAUGAGAAUGCACUAAAGAUAGAGUCUGAAGAGACUUCACAUGAAAUUUCUGCAGCUGAAGUGGUGAAACCCUCAUAUGAUGGUCAAGAUAUAAAAGUGACAGUGUUAAAUGGUGUUCAGUCUGUCACACUCGAUGUAGCAAAUGCUGCUGAAGAAGGCCAACUACACUUGUCAGAAAGCUCAAGGGGCAUUUCUAUGAUGGUUCCUGAAGUAGGUUCAAAGGAAGAAAAUGCAAAUGCUGAAGCUCAUAUACCAGGCCAGCUAAUCAGUGAAAAUCAAAGUGAUAUCAAUGAAGAACUUGCUAACUCAGAAAACAAUUUAUCUCACAGUGCAGAUUCGGCUCGUGAACUAGAGAAAGUGACGAGGGAAAUGAAGAUGAUGGAGACUGCCCUUUUAGGGGCUGCUAGACAAGCGCAGGCAAAAGCUGAUGAAAUUGCAAAACUGAUGAAUGAGAAUGAGCAACUGAAAUCUGUAAUUGAGGAUCAGAUGAGAAAACCAAAUGAAGCAGAUAUUGAAUCUCUACGAGAAGAGUAUCACCAAAGGGUCUCAAGUCUAGAAAGAAAGGUUUAUGCCCUCACAAAAGAAAGAGAUACAUUACGCCGAGAGCAAAAUAAGAAAAGUGAUGCUGCCGCUCUCCUGAAAGAAAAGGAUGAAAUUAUCACCCAAAUUAUGGCAGAAGGUGAAGGGCUUUCAAAGAAACAAGCAGCUCAAGAAUCUCAAAUUAGGAAACUGCGAGCACAGAUCAGGGAGUUUGAAGAGGAGAAGAAAGGAUUGAUGGCCAAAUUACAGGUCGAAGAGAGUAAAGUAGAAAGUAUAAGGAGGGAUAAGGCAGCGACAGAAAAAUUGCUUCAGUUAACGAUAGAAAAAAACCAGGCUGAACUUACAACACAAAAAGAAUACUAUACAAAUGCAUUGGCUGCAGCCAAGGAAGCGGAAGCAUUAGCAGAGGCACGUGCCAACAGUGAAGCCAAAACUGAGGUCGAGAGUCGCCUUAAAGAGGCCGAGGAACGUGAAGUUAUGCUAGUCCAAACCCUAGAAGAAUUGAGAGAAACUUUGAGCAGAACUGAACAGCAGGCGGUGUUUAGAGAAGAUAUGCUUAAGAGAGAUGUUGAGGACCUCCAAAAACGAUACCAAGAAAGUGAGCGUAGAUGCGAAGUGUUGGUCAUGGAAAUUCCUGAUUCUACUAGACCUCUUUUGAGGCAGAUAGAAGCUAUGCAGGAAACAACAGCUAGAAAAGCAGAAGCUUGGACUACAGUUGAGAGAUUACUGAAUUCACGGCUUCAGGAAGCCGAAGCCAAAGCUGCAGCUGCAGAGGAAAAAGAACGCUCUGUAAAUGAACGCCUAUCUCAAACAAUAUCUCGAACAAGCGUUCUUGAAGCUCAGAUUUCAAUUUUAAGAUCCGAGCAAACACAACUUGUUAGGUCUCUUGAGAAGGAAAGACAGAAAGCAUCUGAAAAUCGUCGGGAGUAUUUGGCACUGAAAGAGGAGGUAGAUACUCGUGAAGAUCAUGUGAAUCAACUAAAAGAAGAGAUAAGGGAGCUCAAGAGGAAGCACAAGCAAGAGCUGCAUGAAGCAUUAACUAAUCGGGAACUUCUCCUGCAGGAUAUUGAACGUGAGAAAGCUGCACGUUUGGAAUUAGAAACAACAAUUCGUCUACAGCCUUCUAUUCUGUCUGAACCAAGUCCCCUAGCUAGAACCAAGUCAUCCUAUGAAAACGGCCUAUCUCAUAGACUUUCAAAUGCUAGCAGUCUGGGUAGCAUGGAAGAAAGUUUUUAUCUUCAGGCAUCUUUGGACUCAUCUGAUACUUUCUCUGAAAGAAGAAAUUCUGGAGAGCCGACCAUGAGCUCGUAUCAUUUAAAAAGUAUGACCCCAAAUGUAUUUGAAGCUGCACUGCGCCAAAAGGAGGGAGAACUUGCAUCUUAUAUGAAUAGAUUGGCAUCUUUGGAAUCCAUUCGUGACUCUCUAGCCGAGGAGUUGGUUACGAUGACUGAGGAGUGUGAAAAAUUGCGGUCUGAGGUGUCUCUACUCCCUGGCUUAAAAGCAGACAUAGAAGCACUUAGACGGAGGCACUCUGCUGCAUUGGAGCUGAUGGGUGAACGAGAUGAAGAGCUUGAAGAGCUUCGUGCUGAUAUCGUGGACCUGAAGGAAAUGUAUAGAGAACAAGUAAACAUGCUUGUAAAUAAGAUCCAGGUAUUAAGUUCAUCCAUAACAGCUGCCUAAGAAAAUAGCUUCUUGGGGUGGUUCCUAGCCGAAGUUGAUAAUAACGGUACAUAUUGUAUUAUAUGUGGAAAUACGUUAUAGAAUCAAGGUUUCUUUGUUUAUUGUUUUGCUACACUUUCGUUUUCCAUCUAGGAUUGCUUUUUUUAAAACUCAAUUGUAUAAAUAGCCAAAGCAUUUUGUCUGCCAUAUUUAUGUUUGCAUACUGAUACGUUUUUAUGCAUUGUGAAGUGACUUUGACUAUAUUUAAUCCGAGAGCAAUGGAAAUUUUGUUUCGUUUU